AUGACAGGUAAUGAUGAUGAUCCGGAAAAACAACAACAACAGGAACAAGCGUCAAUAAUCAAACCAGAGGCUAACAAGAAAUCAUUGGAUAUGAAAAAGAGGGUUCUUCCUAAAUAUACAGAUGAAGAAUUACAAGAAAUUUCUGUUGAUUCAAAUGAAAUGAAACACUUGGAAGAGAAAAUCGCCUCUAUGACGCCUAAUAUGACAGCUAUUGAAGAAUAUCGUCGUAAGGCACAAAAUUAUUUGCAACGUGUCAGUGAGCUGAAUCGUAUCACCGGUAUACUCGGUGAACAACGUAAAUAUAUGGAGGAGGCGAAAUCAAAACGACUAACUGAAUUCUUGGAUGGUUUUCAUACAAUUACAAGUAAAUUGAAAGAAAUGUAUCAAAUGAUUACACAAGGUGGUGAUGCAGAACUAGAAUUAAUCGACUCACUGGAUCCAUUCUCCGAAGGUAUUGUAUUCAGUGUACGUCCACCGAAAAAAUCUUGGAAAAAUAUAGCAAAUCUUUCAGGUGGUGAAAAAACACUGUCAAGUUUAGCUUUAGUCUUUGCCUUACAUCAUUAUAAACCAACUCCAUUGUAUGUUAUGGAUGAAAUUGAUGCUGCAUUAGAUUUUAAAAAUGUUUCUAUUGUUGGAAAUUACUUGAAAGAGCGUACAAAAAAUGCCCAAUUUAUAGUGAUCUCUUUGCGAAAUAAUAUGUUUGAAUUAUCGGAUCGAUUAGUUGGAAUAUAUAAGACGUAUAAUAUUACAAAGACAAUCACAUUAGAUCCAAAACCAUUAAUGGAGCAUUUACGUGGACUAGUAGUGCGUGUUGCAACUUCACACGGUCGACAGAAUGAUUUACGGGCUAUUGUACGAGCAGCUGCAUGCACAAAAUCAAUGUUGCCAUCAUCACAAACACAACAAGUAGGGCAGCAGCAACAACAACAAGAACAGCAACACGGUGGUGGUGGUGGUGAUGACAGUGAUGUAACUAUUGUCGGUUCACCAAAAUCUACUCUGCCGAUUGUUGUUAAUGAUCAUCUACAAGUGGAGAAUGUUGAAAAUCAUCAAACGACAAUUAUAUUAGAUGAUGACGAUAUGUUUGAUGAUGUUGAUGGUGGUGGUGAUGGUGGUGACCGUGAUCAAAACGGAAAUGUUGAUGAUGGCGGUGACGGUGAUGAUGACGACGUGAUAAAGAAGAAGUUAGUUAUGAAUGGUGAGAUGAAUGAAAAUACACCUAAAUUACUUGCGAGUCUUAAUACUAAUAACAACAAUGUUAUGGAUUUAGACGUUGAAAUGGUGGAAUGCAUACCUACAAGUGAUUAA